GACUUUUUUACCCGCGAUCGGGGAAUCUAAACAGUGUGGGACCAUUUUCCGUCAGCGAGAAAUUGCACGUGCUUUUUUUGCUGUCAAACUCACUACAGUGAGCACUAUUUAUAAGGAAAUGCCGAAGGUACUGAAGGGUGGUAAGGGAGCGGUAGAGAAGAAGGUGAUUCAUCCAUACAGUAGGAAAGCAGCCUAUAUUGCAAGCAAAGUUGUCAAACAAGAGAAAAAAGAAAAGCUAAAGCAUGAAAAAACCUUACGACUAAAUGCAGUUGGUGAAAAACUUCUUUGGUUCCAGAGCCAGCUUGAUCCUGAAAAAACGGAAUACACAAAACAAGAUGCUUGUGAAAUUAUUGAACGAUAUCUGCAUCGUUUUGACGCGGAGAUGGAGCAGAUCGAACUAGCGAAUGGAAUUAAAGGCAGGCAAGGACGUCUACAUGGCUCCAGGGAGAACGUCAUCAAACAGACCGUGGAAAGAGAGCGAGCGUUAUACGAAGGAAACGGAUUCGAAAUUCCUGACAUUAUCAAUUGUAAACAUCUGAAAACGUUCAGAGAGUGGAACGGCGACUUGAAAAAACUGCCCAAUAUAAAAAUGCGCAAGGUGUCGCCCAAGGAGGCGGGAACCUCGCAGAAAGAGGCGGGGCCAGAGGGCCCGUCAGCGGAGCUGUGCGAGGACGCGUUGCUGGGAGACUCUGAGGCGGAGUCUCUCGAUGAAGAGUUGUAACGGUGACGCCCACCUUCCAGCACAUUGUCCCACCCCACCAGCACCCCGCAGCAAACCCCCGACUCGGCUGUCUGUUACUCCAGGGGCCAGGAGAGCCGCAGGAUUUGCUGCUUUCCGUUUUUACUUUAAAAUCUGCAGCCAAUUACAACCCAGGUAAUCAGACUUAGUGAGGUAAUCACCUUUUUUUUAAUUGAUCAGUUAACCAUUUGAAGAGUGGAUGUCCUUGGAAUGUUUUUUUUCUCCAGAAUUCCAAAGUCAGUGUUCUAGAACUCCGUUGCUUUAAAACGACCAGUAGUGACUGUGACGUCAGCAUUCGAAUGGUCAGUUGGGAGCAUUUUAAUUCGCACGUUUGUGAUCUUGCGCCUUGAAGGGUUAAGGGCUGACAGUGAAACACGUCACAUCCUGUGGCUCUCCGGGACCCCAGGGUCUGGUAGCUCUGCUUGGACUCCUUCAGCUACACUGCAAUGGGCAGCAAUGAAAUCGCUGCUGAUCAUAACCUCAUUUUAUGUACUUUUUUUCCCUCCAAUCCAGAGGAAUUUGGUCCCCCUCCACGCCAGAGAUUUAUGACUAUAAUACAGCAUGUAUGUGUGUGUAUUUAAAAUGAAUGCGAGUGCUUCCCUGAAAAUAAACGCCCAAGGUCUUUUCAAAAUG